GCAAUCUUUGUAGCGAAAUGGAAGAUUUCUAUUACAUUUUCCGCUAUUUCGUGGUGAUAACAGUGAAUUAGAGUCACCUGCUACUCCCGCCGUCGUUCUUGCUGGAAAAGCAUCCCUGCCGGCCGUGAAAACCGUGAAAAACUGCAGACGAUAACGCGAUUCACGCGCUUGCUUACGGAGACUGCCGAACCCCUUUGGUGAAAAAGUGGUGCGAUUUUCCGGAGUAUGUGAACCUGCUGUUUCGGAGCACCGCCAGGGAAUCCACCCUCGGCUGUGAGGCGUGGACUCGCGCUUUCGUUCCUAAUUAGUUUGCAUUUUGGUGCGAUUAUUUGUCCUAUCGGAUGUGUUAUUUGCAAGGUUCAGGUGUACUCGCUGAUGAUAGCGCAGUGAAUUGAAGACCAAGAAGCUGGUGAAAACCGAUAGCCCUUGCUAUCAGCGAAGAACAACACACAGCUCGGUCGCCGGCGCACUCUAGUCCGUUCCGAAAUCAGGCGCCCAACUGAGAUAAUUCCUCGAAACAGCGGUCACUUGCUGUUCCUUUUAUUUGCGCAGCUGCUACCAUCUGGAGUCCAUCACCGGCCCUCUGAUGCCAGGCCGAUGAGCUGCGAAUCCGAUUGAAGCGACGGUAUCGAUUUCGUUUCCUUUUAUCGUCCUUCGACCGGAUAAAAUGUCCGAUUCCUGCCAGAGCGCAUCCUACCAAUGGCACUGUUCGAGCAAAUCGGGACCACUCAGAAGGUUACACUAGACGAUACAGUGGCCUGCAGCUGUACCAUCGAAACGGCACAAACCAUCGACGGGCAUACGGAGUACGUCCUGAGAGUACAGCGCGGACCACAUCCGGAAAACAGCUGGCGCAUCCUACGGCGUUACAAUGAUUUCGCGUCGCUCAACAAGUGUUUGCAAAUUUCUGGCAUCGAUCUAUCGUUCCCGGGCAAGAAGCUUAUCGGUAAUAUGCGCCCGGAUUUCAUAGCUGAACGAUUAAACGCAUUACAGGAGUAUAUAAAUCAAGUACUCAUGAAUCCCAUUUUGGCCUCAUCGUUACCAACCAAAAAGUUCAUUGACCCGGACAGCUAUUCGACACCAUUCCAUGAUUUGGCCCUCCAGUAUGCGUCGAUGAGCUUGCGCACGGAUGGCGUUUAUACGCUGGGACAAUCGCUCGGUCCAAUCGGUUGGCGGCUGAGGAAGCAUUACUUCAAGGUGGUGCACAAACCGCAAGGCAAUAAGCACUCACCGGGCCACUCGACCACCAAGCAUCAUCUGAUCAAAUCCAGCUCUCAAUCGCAUGGCAAACAGCACACGACGCAGGUAUGCGUUACCACUUCGACCGAAAAGGACUACAACAGCAGUACACGCGACCAGAGCGGUCGCGACGAUCUCAUCCUAAGCUGGACAGAGUUCGGUCCGGACCGGUACGUGGACGAUCGGGAGAUACACACGGUGCUGAAGAACUAUGGCGGAGUGCAGCAUCCUUACAUUGUCCCGAUCGAACACAUUGCGUCCAACGACAGUGGUGCGCUUGUGAUACGAAAGUUCUACAAGCAAGGUAGCCUGAAGGAUGUGCUGUGCUCCGCAGCACCGUGCAAUCCGUUCCUGUCGAAAUACGGCAGUCCCAAGGGACGUGCACCGCUACCGCUGAAGGAGCUAGCUUUAUACGCGCGUCAAAUCUUGGAAGCGAUAAGAUUCCUACACUCGAAGGGACUAGCCUGUGGGCAUGUCCAUUGCGGUAACGUCAUAAUCGUAGAUGGCGUGGCGAAGCUGAUGGAUGUGGAGAAUUUCAUCUUCGGAGUGCCCUCGUUCUACCGCCCUUUUUUCGUUCAGCAUAGCAAGAUAAACAACUGCGAGGCUAUCGAUGUAUACGGAUUUGGUCAUCUAUUGUAUGAAAUGUGCAUGGGCUAUCCGCUGCAGGAUUCAUACGCCCGCCAAAUCGCCGAUUGUCCCGAUACUCUUAAAUCGCUGCUAGAAUCAAUACUUUCACGAGACGCCUGUAAGUCGGCUCUGCCAACGCUAGAUCAACUAACGACGCACCCGUUCUUCAGCGAGUAUGCGGGUCAUUUCAACGACCUAUACGCGACUACGAUCAGUGUGCAACGGCCGCACCUAAAGUUCUCAACAACCGCAAAAGAUCAGCUGAAGCUGGCUGUCCAGAAGACGGAGGCACGUGUACGCGAUGAACAGCGUUCGGUGAAAAACCAAAAACGGUUGGUCCGCGUACAAGAAAUGAUGACCUCCGAGGAAGAAAAAAAGAAGAUCAAGCAGAAAGCCAAACAUGAACAGAAGCAGGCGAAACUACGAGCACAGAACUCGCUUCAACUGAACAAUGGACCUCCGGUUCCACCUGCAAGCAUAACGGCAACCGUGCAUCUGUCCAGCUCAACAGGGGUGAUCGUGAAGUCGGACAGUGCAAACAGUAUUACCUCACCGCAAGAGGCGCUCAUGUCACCACCACCGUCUCAUGCAAACAGUAGUGGAGGCAACACGUCGCCGCAGCCUCCUCCUUCGG